GAAUUAGGUAGAUGAUCAUGAUGGUCUUAGCUUUCUCUAUUCUUCUUUCUUUGCACCUUUUCAGCUAAUAUUUCAUCUUUGCCAGCCAUGGAACAAAACAAUCGUACCAAAGUGACUGAAUUCAUUCUCCUGGGAUUUGCUGGUCAACACAAGUCUUGGCAUGUCCUCUUCAUAGUAUUUCUAGUGAUCUACGUGCUCACCCUAGUGGGAAACAUUGGCAUGCUUCUGCUCAUCAAGAUUGAGUCUUCCCUUCACACCCCCAUGUACUUUUUCCUCCAAAACUUGGCUUUAGUUGAUCUCUGUUAUGCAUCUGCUAUCACUCCCAAGAUGUUACAGAAUUUGAUGAGCAAAAUAGAUUCCAUCUCAUUCGUAGGAUGUAUAGUGCAGCUACUUGCCUAUGAUUUUGUAACAAGUGACUGCUUCAUCCUGGCUGCUAUGGCAGUGGACCAUUAUGUGGCCAUCUGUAACCCACUCCACUAUGCAACAGUCAUGUCCCAGAGAUUCUGCAUUCAACUCUUGGUUGGCUCAUACUUCAUGGGUUUCCUAAAUGCUUCUGUAAACACAAGUUUUACUUUCUCACUGAACUUUUGCAAAUCCAAUAAAAUUAACCACUUCUUCUGUGAUAUACCCCCAAUUCUUGCCUUCUCCUGCUCCAGUGUUUCCUUCAAUGCCAUUUUACUAGCAGCCUUUGUGGGGUUUAACUUGACGUUCACUGUGCUGGUCAUCAUCUUUUCCUACAUAUUUAUCCUGGCUGCCAUUCUGAAGAUCUCUUCUGCUGCAGGGAAGAAAAAAGCCUUCUCCAUGUGUGCCUCCCAUCUGACAGUGGUCACCAUUUUCUAUGGGACACUCUCUUACAUUUAUCUGCAUCAUAGUACCAUAGAGUCUCAAGAGCAAGAAAAAAUGGCUUCUGUGUUUUAUGGUGUUAUGAUCCCCAUGUUAAACCCUCUCAUCUAUAGCCUGAGAAACCAAGACAUGAGAGAAGCCCUGAAAGGGGUUGGAAAGAGGUGUAUCUAG